AUGAACCAAUUUUACAAGCACUUACCAUGGUUUAUAGAUCAUUAGGGAAACAUGACGAGAUUGUUAAAUUAUAUGACAAUGCUACACGUAAGAAUCCCAAUAGUGAAGAACUUAGUAAUCAUUGGUUCAUGGCAAUGGUUAGGAAUAGUGAUUUCAAGGGACAACAGCAAGUUGCUUUAAAGCUACAUAAGAAUUUCAAAUCAAACAAAUAUUUAUUCUGGGCAAUCAUGAGUUUGGUUUUACAG